GAUUAUGUGUUAGUUGUCGCUCGUAGAUUUGCAGAUUGUAACCUUUCUAGUUGUUUUACUUUUUGAGUGAAAUGAUUUCUGGAGAGAAACAGAAUUCGUUGUAGCUUAUAGUUGAUGGGAUUGAGUCAUAAGCCACAAUCACUGUGUGAAUUAGUAAUGGCAGCUGCCCAUGGUGUGAAAACGGGUAGAAACGGAAUCUCCAUAGUUCCUACAAACUUCGGUGGUUCAGAUUUACUGUCCCACCUUAUAAUCCACCCGGUUUCCUGACAUAUAUGCUCAAGCUGGGUGUACGUAAGGGUACUUGAACCUUAAGGAAUUCCAGCACCCAGUGGAGGUAUAGCUGUUUUUUAUGUGACUUCUACUCGGCACUGGUAUUCUCGCAUAGCACACAUGUUUAUUGAACUCGACUAUGCAGCAUAUAUGCCCACGUCCUUACCCACAAACCCCAGGCCCAGAAAAAGAUUCUUCGAUAUAACUCAUGUUGCAGCCGAAAACAUCCCACUUUUCCCAAUUUCGGACGGAAAACUGCCUACAGUUUCACCCACAUAACCCAGGUCCGGAAAAAUUCUUUCGUGAAGUAAAUAUCGACAAAUGAAGAUUCCACUGCAGACGUAUUUCUGUUGGAGUUAAAACCUUAUCCUUUUUGAGAAGUGGAUUCACCGUGCUGAAUGAAAGUCACUUAUAACUGCCUCAACCCGAAGAGCGUGUAUUGCAUACUGAUAUGGGCUUGUUAAAUAGCACCAUUAAAUCUGAGAGUCUCCAAUGUCUGUUCGAUGAAUCUGAACGAAGAAUCAAAACAGAUUUCCACUGUGGUCCAUUCAGAUCCAUAUUCGUCUUUUUCCAGUCCAUACAUGACCCAUCUUUUAACCAAAGGAGAUUAAUUUUCCGCCACUCUGUUCGUCUGUUAAAUCACAAUUUCGAAGAAAUUCGUGAAGGUUUUAUUACAGUUAGGACCUAUGAUAUCAGGUUUCACUAUGUGCACAAGAACCGAAAUGUUGUUCUGUCUUGGCCACUUCAUGGUUUGCGUUGGUAUGGGAGUAACAAAUAUUUAUUUGUGUUCAAGUCUGGUCGUCGAUGUCAGCUUGGUCCAGCUCUAUUUAUGUUUAAGUGUAAACGGCCUCAAAAGCUUGUUGACCAAGUUGAAAAGCAAAUAAAUUUGUUAUCGUGCCUUCACUCCAGCCUACAGUCUCUUGGCGAACCUUCGGAUCAUAUUCAAGAGUUAUAUACAGAUUUGGAAACCACGAACUCACUACCAAGGUCAUCAGUUACGAGGAACGCAUGCUCUUUACAGUCUUCAAGUGGGGAUGCGGGAGAAUCUCGUCAACUGAACUUUGAUCUGCUGUCAUCUCUAGUGUUUACCAGCGGUUCCGAUGGUUAUCUUAUACCUCAUAAUAUAUCUGAACGGCAUUCUCCCGACUCUGCUUCCGGUAUAGGGGCGUCUAACUCUCCUAUGGAGCCAGUCUUACCAACGUCGGUGGAUUUACAACUCAUGAACGACAAUUAUCUCCAAGUGGUUUCUGCUUUUGACAUACCAUCUAGUAGUGUUGAAAGUCCAAAUGGUUCUCAAUUCGGCCAAUAUGUUGUUUUGGCAACCCAUCCGCAUAACAUUUCAACCGAUUCUACAACAAAUCUCCACUUUCCAACUGCAAUACGUGUAAAUAAUGAAUAUGUUGAAGAUUUGGUUUAGCAACAAUAUUGAGAACAAGCGCCUUCUUAUUUGUUUUGAAUUUUAAUUAUUUUUAUAAUGAAUUAUUACUGCUGUUUAUAUGAGAUAUUUUUCAAAGCUAUAUACAUGUAUCAUGGGCUGUUUACUGAUAAUAUAUUCUUUGUUAACUUCAGUUUAAAGUGUCGCUCUACCAUACCGGUAAUCAAACAAUAAAUUAUUACUAUUUAACUGAUUUCCAUUCGUAAUAAAAUUUGUUUUGAGUUCGUCUCCCAAAAAUCAAACGUCUCUGUAUUCAUACAUUGCUCACCAACGAAUGACUUGUUUCAAAAUGUAUUUCUUGAAGUUUUAGUGAGAAAACAUAACUGUUGAGGACACCAAGUUAUAUGUGUGGAUAGAUACACGCUGACCACGUUUGAUUAGGUCUGAC